GUCGCUUUCAGCAAACAGAAAAUAAGUGUCGAGUUUGGUGGAAGAAUAAUUAUGGGAAGACGACGCAGCAAAAGAAAACCACCUCAAAAACGGAAAGCAAUUGAACCACUUGAAACUCAAUUUAAUUGCCCAUUUUGUAACCAUGAAAAAUCUUGUGAAGUGAAAAUGGAUAGACAAAGAAAUACAGGAAGAAUUACAUGCAGAGUUUGUCUUGAAGAUUUUCAAACAUCUAUUAACUAUCUGUCAGAAGCAAUUGAUGUGUAUAGCGAUUGGAUAGAUGCUUGUGAAAGUGCCAAUCAAUGAUACAUCUUCAUCUUCAGUUUCUAUAUUUUUUGUUAUAAUCAUCAAGUUUCAUUUCUCAUUUUCAUACAAUUCUUUUUCAUGAUAUUUUUACUUUGUGUAAAAAUUUAGUUAAAAGUUUGUAUCAAAUAUUAAAAAGUAUUUGUAUUUGCAUUGCAAUGAAAAUACUAAAUAUAAAUUAAAUAUGAAAAAAUAUAAAUUAAUGAUAAUGUUUUAUCUUUUCUUGAUAUAAAUUUAACAUCAUAUUGUCCAUGACUAUUUUUAAUUGUAAAUGAUUAUUAUUAUUAUUACUACUAUCAAAAGUUCAUACAGUGAAGACUUGUAAAUUUUGUAUAUAAGUGUAUUUCUUCUGAAAUAAAUUUUAUA